AUGCUGCUCGGUUUUCUUCUAGUUUGCGCGGCUGUUUGCGAUGCGUCACAUAAUUUCUCUAUCCCAAAUGUUGCAGCUUCCUUCGACAGUACUCCCAAGCCAUUCGAGAUCAAUGUGGAUCCUGGAUUCAUUGAAGACACAAGACGUCGGGUUGAAACAGCAAGAGCUCCCAUUUCCAUUGGCGAUGUAGACGACGGCCCGACCCUCGAGAAUUUUACCGUCAUUAAGGAUUACUGGGUUAAUGAAUACAACUGGGAAAAAACUCAGGAAUCCAUCAACCAGAGGCUUAAACAGUUUACAGCUAUUGUUGAAGUUGCAGACGAUAACGCUACAAUUCUGGUACCAUUGCACUAUGUUCACCAUCUUUCGCCCAGAGAUGACGCAAUUCCUCUUCUCUUCAUUCACGGCUGGCCAGGCUCGUUUCUCGAGGUCAUCAAUAUCAUUGAUCAGCUGACGAAUCCUCCAAAUACUUCACUACCUGCGUUUCACGUUGUUGCUCCAUCAAUUCCAGGAUUUGGCUUUUCACCUGCUCCUCAGCAUGCAGGUUUCGGUCCUGUGAAGUCUGCACAAGCUUUCAACGCUCUAAUGCACCAACUUGGGUAUCCCAAGUACGUCAUGCAAGGCGGUGAUUUUGGAGGCAUGAUUCUCCGCUACCAAGCGAAUAUGUUUCCGAAAAAUGUCGUCACAGCGCUAAGCAAUUUCUGGGUCCUCAUGCCUACAGAAUAUGACCUUCAUAAUCUCAUAGUAGGAUCAUCAAGCGAUGAAGAGACAUUCUACAUCACAAGGUCUGAGGGCUUUGUCAAUAAUGAUAAUGGAUUCCGGAUGAUCCAGCAAACAAAGCCACUUACUGCGGCUUACGCUCUCACUGAUUCUCCAUUAGGGAAUGCUCUAUGGGUAUAUUCUAUAAUGGAAAUCAUCGUCGACCCCACAGAUUUUACUUGGAUGCCUGAUGAAAUCAUCACCUGGUCGCUCAUGUAUUACAUACAAGGCCCUUAUGGCGGCAUGCGUAUGUAUAAAGAGAUGCUAAAUGAUGGGGCAUUCUCUAGCGUUGCCUUUGCAGAUCUUCCAAUCGUGUCUCAGCCGGUGGCAAUUAGCCAAUUUCCUUACGAUCUUGCAUAUGGUCUACCACUCGAUUGGGCAAGGCGAGGAGGAAACGUCGUGAAAUGCUUUGUUCAUGACCAUGGUGGCCAUUUUGCUUCUUAUGAAGUUCCCCAACUUUUGCUGAACGACAUCUGGAGCUGGUUUGGAGAUAAAAAUAAUUCGGGAACUGGUAUUUUUUAUUAG